UAUUCCCGCUCAUCACAUGUUCUGUGCCUUUUCGAAAUAAUAGUGGAAAAUCGACUGAAGAAACACACGAUCCCCUCUUUCUAUCCCCACUGCUCAUUUCUAGGGUUUGGGUCCUGAAUUGUUGAAUAUUGAAAGAUGGCUUUAAUUGAUAAUCCGAGCUCCGAUUCAACAGAUCCACUUCAACUAAACUCUCUAUUAUCUUUCUGUCAUCGCACCUUCAAGGAUAUGCCGGCGCCUAAUGACUCCGACGACUUCGAUUCCGUUCAUAAUUUUCUCAAACUCAAGGGAUUAAAUAAAAAUGAGGAGCUUUUUGAUGAUGCCAAGGCAGUUUUGGGUUCUGAACUUGCACGAAGACCUGGUUUGGGACUGAAACGUGCACGCCCAAGUUUUUGUUUGAGGCCGGAUAAAGGUCCUAUUGUGAGUUUGGAGACCACUUUGGACAUUGAUAAGCUGCAAGACCCGGAUGAGUUUUUCUCGGCCUUUUACAGACAAGAAUUUGCCAGAGAAGAAAUAGAAAGACAAACAGGUGGCACUAUGACCGGGAAAAAUGAAAACAAUCCACCUGCUAAACAGCGUCGCCGUCGACCAAGCCUUUUCGGAACAAAAGCCAGUUAUAAGCAUAAGUAUUCACUUGCAAUUCCUGAAGAUGAUGGCACUAUAGCCUCGCAAGAAAUAUCAGAGCAGGAUAAUCUCAAUUCAUCAAAUUUUGUUUCACAAGAGCACUAUGUUGCAUCACAGGAAGGGGAAUUAGAGCAGGCCAAUCUAAGUCCAUUAAAAUUUGGUUCACAAAAGCACAGUGUUGAAUCACAGAAAGGGGAAUCAGGACCAGUGUCUAAUUCUGAGAACGUUACUGGAGGGAUACUAGAUGAACUAUUAUCACAAGAUAUAGAAGAUUUAGAUGGGGAUGGGGCUCUGAAAUUGUUGCAGGAGCACCUGCAGAUUAAACCUGUUGACUUAGACAAAUGCCUCCAUGACUUUAGUGAUGCCGGAAACAUUGAUAUAAUGGACUUGGAAGAAGAAAUGCCAGUAAAGCGAAAGGCUCUGUUAGAUAUCCAGAAUAUUGUGGAUGGAUCAAUCAAAGAAAAUCCUGCCAGUCGUAAACGGUUGAAUAGAAAUGAAAGCCAUUCUCCAAUGUACUCUACUCUCCCAAAAAGCCCGUCUGCUGCAUCAUCUUUAUUUGGAGAGGGCAAAUCAUCGUCAAAACCAUUUCAUGUCCCAUUCUCAGCUGCCGAUCUUGACCUGUCACCUGCUAAAAGUCCUACACAUGAACACUUCAACGGACAAUCAGAUAACCUUUGUACAAUGAAUGAGCCGAGUGUUCAUGGAGACUUUAACUUACAAGCGGACGCCGAAGCUAAAAAUCAUGCUUGUGCCACUCCAGGUUCAAAACCGGUGAUGCCAGGAGAUAGCUGUUCGGAAAAAUCUGCAAGCAUAGAUUUUACUACAAGGACAGAGGACUCUCAUGAUGGCUUGGUAGAUAAGAAUGAGGGCAAUCAUGUUGGAGAAAUAUUGAAUGAAACUGUUUCUUCUGCGCAACCGGAUAUUGGUAAUGCUGAAUUGGCUAGGGGUAGUCCUGAAACUGAUCUCCAGGCACAUGGUUUGACUGAGUUUGAGAAGACUAUUGAGAACAUACUUCAGGGAGAUUCUACCCAACCAGGUGCCGACAUUGCUGACUCAGCGACUGAAAAUUUAAAGAUCAGCCAAAGUGAGAUUGGUAACAAAGAACCUUUUGCUGCUGAAGGCGCAUUUAUGGAUGGAUGUAUGUCAAAUGCAGAAAGUGGCUUAGAGCAACAAAACAAGGAACACACUGAGAUUUCUCUUAAUGACAGAAGGAAAGCAGCUAGACCACGUGGAUCUAAGAAAAGAAAAGAACUUUCUUGUAGGCAAAGUCUUGCAGGGGCUGGUACAUGCUGGACUUCUGGUGUACGACGGAGCAACAGAAAUAGAACAAGGCCAUUGGAAUAUUGGAAAGGAGAAAGAUUUUUACGUGGACGUGUGCAUGAGAGUCUGGACACAGUAAUUGGGAUCAAGUGUAUUGCUACUCCAUCACCAGGUCAGAAAGUGCCCAGGUUCAAGGUGAAAUCUUAUGUAUCUGAUGAACAUAAUGAGCUUGUUCAAUCACUAGCACUGCACUGAUAUCCUUAAGGAAAUUCGUGGUUAUCUUGUAUAUGUAUCCGUAUUCCUGUUCUUUGGCUUGGUACAAAAAGGUUGCCACCUACCCAAAUUCUGUAGAAAAGAUUUACUCACGUUGUACUGAAUCUUGUCACCAACUGGAGGUUUUGAAAACACUACAAAGUAGCCUUGAACAAGAUUGCAUUA